AGGAGUAUUGAGUCAACCUACUUGACACAAUUUUUCUGAUUUGGCCACCCUAUAACUAAAUUUACGACUUGGCAACAUUGCCUAGCAGUUGACGUAAAUAGUAAGCAAAAUACAGCAGUGGCACAGUUUUCUAACCUCGAUCAAAAGCACAUAACCAAAAAAACAGCUAGAAAAUUUGGGAAAGAAACGAAAAUGGGCGAGAGAUUUUUACCAUGUUUCAUCAGCUAAGUGUUUUUCCUAAUGAUUCGUGCCGAAAACGAAUGAAUUCGGGUCCCAGUGAUGACAGACUUGAUCAUACUCCGAGGGGACACAUUUCCCAGAUCGUUUUUGGACUCUUCUCGUACCAAGAAGUCUCCAGAACAGUUUUAUAAUGACCUGACGUCUAGCAAAAGUGACGAACUGGUGCUACAAAGUGCCAGUGAUAUCCCUGUUAGUGAGGAAAUAUAUCAUGGUCGGUCGGAAAACCUCCUUGAUAUUGCAACUUGUUCUUCACCUGCUAAAGAAGAAUUUAUUGAUAAACAGGAGGUUCUUUUUACAAAAAGAACGAGGCGAGUUCCUCUAUAUGACAAAAUAGACCCAGAAGAUAGUAUUAGGGAUAUUGUAUCUGAUAAUGACUUUUAUAGAUUUGUUUUAUUCAAGAAGCACUAUGACAAAUAUCUACACCUCUCACAAAAAUAUGAAGAAGCAAGAAACAUUGCUUACUAUCUUGAAGAAAAAUAUCAUGAGAUUAAGUCUGAAAGGGAUGACCUUAUAAGGCAACGGGACCAGCUCACAAAAAGACUUGAAUCCAGUGAAUCUUUGGUUAAGGAAAAAGAAGAGGAAGUCUUCUUGCAGUUUGAGAGAGUUGUGUAUCUUGAAGAACAGUGUGAUAAGUUGAAAGCAGAGAAGCAGAGGCUGUUAGAACAAAAGGAACUGAUUGAGAAAGAAAGGGAUAAAGCUUUGAGAAUUCUCCAAGAACAAACUAAGGAAUCAGAGUAUACCAGAAGACGGCUAGAGAGAGCCAGACAAGAGGUAGUACAUCACAUGACUAAAAUCAAAAAUGAAAAGGACAGUCUAGAAAGGGAGAAUGAUCAGUUGAAGGAGGCACUAGAAGCAGAGAGAAGAGGACUACACAAGUAUGCGAAAAAGACUCAAAAUGACAAUAUAGGAAGUGCGGAGAAUUUGGAAGAAGGAUCCACUACUUUAGCGUCACAAUUUCAAAAGGCUGUGCAACAUCUAGCUACGUGUAGACGAAAGAAAUGUUCAGUAUGCGCUUAUACUAAGGAGACGUAUAGUAAAUUAUCGCCAAACAAUCACAAAUACGAACGAAAACUUUUCGGCUGCCUGCAAACCCCAUUCCUCGAAGUACGCAACAUGAUUCGUCCCCCACCUUCACCGAUUCGUUGCGGGGAAGGUGCCAGCCUUUCCGAAUGGUUCUGUCAUCCCGAGGAUGAAGCACCAGGAGUCAGCGGUUGUUCAUCGUUGAAUGUGCCAUUUGCUGAACUGUAUUUCUCUUAUGCUGAUGACGUCUCUGAAGUGUCCAGUUUCGAUAAGGAGGAACCAAAUAGGGAUAGCUUGAGAGGUUUUGGCAGCGAUUCAGGCUUCUCCUCCGACAUGGGUGCAGAGUUCAAAAGCAAUGGUGGCAGCAGUGCUGCAACACCAAGGGAGACAAAAUUCUGUCCGCAGGCCGUUUUGGAUGACAAUGACUGUGUCAAAUUGACACGAACUAAAUGGACUGCUUCGUUCAGGAAGCUCAUACGUCGUAUCAAAAAAUAGACUGCCCUAGAGGACUGCUCGUUGUCUUUUUGUUCCAGUAGAAAAGCGGUUUUAAGAAAAAAAUUACUCGAAAAUUGGAAUGAUUACAAUCUUCAACUAACAAACACAAUACCUGUUAAAUUUUCUGAAAAAUUAUGAUUGUGAUCCCUUUUUAACACAGAUUAGGGAAACCCUUUUCAGCCAAUGUCUAUCUGAUUCCAGCAUCAAUAUUUUUGAACUUUUAAAUGGUUAAAACUGGUUAGGGCUAAACCAAAUCCAAGAUAGAGUAUCUUUGGAAAUUAUGAAUACUCUUUGACAAAUUUCAAAAUACUGCCUCCUAAACUAUUGCAGGGGGUAACACAUGAAAUCUUUGAGUUCGUCUUUAUUUAAAAUUGUCUUUUCCACUGUACUACUCAAGAGCUUCAAAUUAGGUAAUUGUAAGUUUAAAACGAUCUUAGAAAUUUUGAUCUAGGUAAACUUCAAUCGUGUUUUCGAAGAAUUCGUAGUCGCAGCUCGAUAUAAUAAUUGCGGGUAUUUGUAGAAGAAUUGAAUUUGUUUGGAUUUGAUGUGUCUUAGUAAUCUAUUUAUGAGCAAAAAAGUUCCUGGGUUUAUAUGAUCCAAAUAUAUGUGACAAAGAGAACACGGAAAUAUAUUGUAAUGUAAUAAAAUCAGCAUUAAAACCUGCUCCCAACUAGAAGAUUGAGCGACUCUCUUCGUAUGUUUGAUAGCCGCAGCGAUUGACACUGACUGUCAAAUGGCGCGCAAUUCAAAUUCUGCGUUGUUAUAGAUACAACCCUUAUUUUACUCUUAAGAUUAAUUUUUUGUAAAAUUAAUAACUCUUUUCUCUCUUUGUCAUAUUUUUUUGAACUUAAUAGUCCUUUUUAGGAAUUUUAAAUAUUCAUCUUAGUGCAAUGGAAAAUUUGCAGAGACAGAGACAUUCCAAGGACUAAUUAAGUUACUGAAUGUUUUUGUAAUGCAAAAAAGCUAUAAAGCAUCGAGUGUUACUAGAAGAGCAUAUUGUAAGUUAUCAAGUCUUGAAAUAAUUUAUUCCAAAUUAAUUGAUAAAGUUUUGUUCAAAUAUAAAUUUUAUCAAGAAAGUUUAAUUUUAAUUGUAAUAGUACAAUGUAUAGAUAUAUGGUUUUUAGUAGUCAUACAUUUUAAUGAUAGCAAUUCUAUCCCUUAUGUCAUACAGUAUAUUAGUGUCAAUUAUACAGGGUGUCCCAUUUUAAUUUCAUUUAAUAUUCCGUAAAUUACGCAUCCUAAAAAAGAUUCAAGCAAAAUUUUUAGGGUUUCAUGGGGAAAAUGAUGAUGACCUUGACGCUGUCCUUCAAGGUCAGUUCAAGGUCAAGUGAAUAUUUUUAUGUAGAACCCCCAUUUUUACAUCAGAAUUUAGAAGAGGGGGGCAUUUUACGUCUGAAUAUGAACUUAGUGAUUUUCUUCAAGGCCAUUUCAUUGUCUAAUCAAGUCGCUGAAAACAAUUUGUUCUAGCAAAUAUAUUCGACAUCACAGUUGUGAAGUUUGUGAGACCGCCCAAAUGUGACCUUGACCAUGACAUUCAGGGUCAAUUCUAAAUUUCCAUAGCAAACGUCUCAAUUUUACACUGGAAAUAGAAUAAGCAGGAAAUUUUACGUCCAAAAUGGCCUGAAAGGCCAUUGCGCAGGUCAUAGCCAAGGUAAUAUUCAGAAGAAAGAUUUCCUUCUCUUUCCAGUCCCGAUGUGAAAAAGGGGGGUUCCAUUAGAAAAUAUUUACUUGACGUUGAAGGUCAUUGCCAAGGUCGCCAUCAUUUUACCUCCUCGAAACCUUACAACUUUUGUUUGAAACGUUUUUCUAGUAUGUGCAAAAUGGUGUACCCUGGAGACCCUUGUAUUUCUGUUUUCGAUAUCAAUUUUAACUUGCCCUGCCAGUAGUUCUAUGAUGAUACUAAAUGUUUUUAUAUUGCAAACGUUGGAGAUGUCAAUUGAAAAAUAUGGCCAAACAUUUUUAGUGUUUUUACCUUUAGUAUAAAAGUCACUAAUAGCUUUUUCAAUUCUGUCAUUCAAACAUAUAGGUGUAUUGUUUUUACUUUUCUGUCAUCACCCCAUUUGCCUCUAUGACUUCCAUAAUCCCAAUUAUUGCUAUGCCUGUGUUAGUAAUCGAUAGUAUUUUCAUCAGAAGUUGAAGAAUCCCAAUGUGUGAAGAUGUGGUUUUCUGACCCUAAAAUUUGGCUAAAAUUUAAUUUGCUUCUUAAAUAUCCCACUUGUCAUGUGAGAAGAGUGGGAGAGACAUUUACUACUGGAUUUUUUAUUGUAAAAUCUCAAUAUCAAAAAAAAACUUUAUCAAAUCGCAUUUUUGUUUCAGAAAUGGUAACUUUGGCUAUCGACACUUUUUACUAAUUUAAAUCAUCAUUUUACUACAAACGAACAGCCUGUAAAAUUUAUUCGCGUACAAGCCUACAGUAACAUUGUCAGCAUACACUACAGAUACUCUUUUAAUUACUUCCUGAUACGACCUGUGACAGCGCCAUCUAAAGAAAAUGACGACAACUAAGCCGCAGCAAGACAGGCAUCGAAAAUUUAUUUCGAGACCAUCCACAAAUACGGUGCGGAACUGCUCUCAAUGGGUAGAAACGAGCUCCGUGUAGUUACAGUGCUUCUGUUAGAACAUAAUGGACUAAAAGAACACCUGUGCAAAAUAGGGCUGUAUGGUGUAGACCUCAACUGCAGACAAUGCAGAAAAGGAACCGAGUCAGUCUUACAUGUCUUAUGUGAGUGCGAGGCGCUGGAUUACAAAAGACAUCCACUCUUCGAGAAAGCAAAACUAGAACCGAUGGAGUUUAGAACAGUACCGGUACAUAAACUGCACCAACUGGUACAGAACAAUAGUCUGAUUGAGUAUUGUAAAUAGCAAGGUACAAUUUGCCCAAGAGGUUACAAUACCAUCGGGUACUUUGGUCGGAUGGCUUCCAUAAGUGAUAAUUUUUUUACAGAAAACUACACUAUUCAACCAAAUUUUCUCCCUCUAUGAUCUCUGCGAUGUACCUUUUAUAAUUUUUUUGGUUCCGGGCAAUAAAUUUUUAGGUUUUUUGAAGCAUUCUGAACAAAAAAGCCCUUAUGAACGUUCCUCUAAAGGUGAUAUGGGAUUAUAUAUUUGGAAAAGCGUAAGAUAUGCCAUUUUUACCAUCGAAAAACAAUAUGGGAAAACGAAAAUGUUAAUGCUUCAUUGUUUCUAAAUAUACUCCAUACACCCAUUAACAAAAUUCCAAUGCGUAUUAUGAGGUCUUGUCUUUGUAUACUUUUGUUUCUUAAUUGUUAAUAAGCGGGCUUGUUGUAUAUUCUGCGUGAGCGUACGCUUAACAAAUUUAAAAACAAUGGUUUACAAUAACAAUACCUCCUGAAUUUCUUUGCAAUUUUAUUGACUGUUUGAAGAAUAAAUAGGAACGUUACCGAAAUUAAAAUUCUAGAUUUUUCAUAUUGCUCUUCUGGUUCGAAAAUGGCACAUUGCAAUUUUGGGCCUAGCAACAUGCAGAUUUAUUAAAAGGGAUCCUACUAGACAGAAAUCCAAGUCAAAGUAGUAGCUGCAAAUUUUUUUCCAACGUUGGCCUCUGAGCUUGACGAGACAAUCACUCGUCUUCUGUUUGAUGGAUCCGUGUUCCCUUUUUUAAAAUUUAAAAAAAUGCGGUUUGAUGGCAGAUGAAUAAUUAAAGUUUGCAAUUUUUUUGAAGUAAGAUUUUACGGUAGUUUAACACAGAACUAGAGAGUUUUUUUGUGCGAACAUAAUUAUUUUUUUGAAGGGAUAAAGUACAAUUAUAUGAAUAAAUUUUAAUUUCGUUAUAUUAAUGUAUCUACUCAUAACUGUUUUAGUGUCCUAGGGCCCAGCAAUUAUAUCACAUCUUCGAUACACUAAUAUCAGUAUUAUAUAAAUUAGGUAAUAGUUAUUUUAACAUGUUUAUUUUUUAGUUUUGUAAAUCUUUGUUUUUUCUUAUGUGAUUAUAUUAGCUGAUAAGUUUUAUAAUUUUAUUUUACUAUUUUGAUUCGCAUAUUCUCAACCUCAUACUCUCAAAACACUUUUUGUUAUUUAUUUUUUAUAACAUAGUAUGUAUAUCAUAACAGUGUAUUUUGGUAGUGGCCAUAAUUUUGAAAAUGUAGUAAUCAUUAAAUUUUAAUGUCAGAUAUAAAAUUUGAGAAAUACUUUGAAAGAAGAAGAAAUAAUCUAAUAGGAGUGGUACUUACAGAUUUUGGUAUGAUUACUUAUAUUUUGUGGCAAAUUAAUAGUUAUACUAUUUUAUUUAUUAUACAUUCCAGAUGUUUUCCUAUUUUUCUGUAAAUUUUG